UUGACUUGAUGAGCUCUGGAGAUUGUGCUGUGCUGUAGGGGACACUCUAUAUGUUUGUACGUGUCAGGGAUCUCGGUGAGACAAAUUAAGAUUAUUAAGAGAGACGAGGCCUAAAACUGCCUUUCCGCUGAAUCGUGUAACGUGAGGGUGUCAAGUCUUUUUUAAGGAAACCGAGAAAACGACUGUUCCACUCCAAUCCGGAGGGUGACGCUAAUGCAGCGAAAAGACGUUUGUUUUACCACUGUUAAAGAAGAAAGAAGAAGACUGCCCCACUACCAUAGCUACACACUAACCAUACGAUGAGUAACUGUCAGUGAAGUUUUACAGUUGCAGUUGUUACUGGCCGCCAAAUGUGGAGGUUGAACAAAGUUCGUCACAAAGCCGGACAACAAGGCGGCAGCUUGGAGGAGCUCAGGCUGAAGAGGCGAGAGAACGAGAGAGCACUGAGACAGGCACGCAGAGACAGGCAGCUGGUGAGCAAGCGACUACUGCUAAAUGAAGAUGAGGAGCAGCCGGACGUUAGCAUGGACACAGCCCCAGGAGGACAUGACAUUGUUAGUCUGCUCCACAAACUUCAACACAGCGGGACAGAGAAGGAGGCACACCUGAAGGCCUUGAGUAAAGUUCUGCGCGACCCAGCUGCACAGCUCACCUUUAUCAAGCACGAGAACAGUAUGCAUCUGCUGGUCGGCCUCCUCACUGGCUCUAAUGCUCAGUGCCGCCUGCAGGCCGUUCGGUGUCUUCACGAGCUCUCUCACUCUUCCCACACUAAUGUGGCUCCAGCCUGUCUGCCUGCUACCCCUUACCUGCUCACUUACCUGUCUGGCCCAAGCACUAAGUUUACAGAGCUGUGUCUCUACACACUUGGUAACAUGUGUCCAGACAGCGAUGUGGUAAGAGAGAAGCUCCUGGCUCAGGGAAUCAUUCCCGCUCUGGCCAGCUGUAUAGAGAACCAACGGCACACACUUGCAGUAGUGGAAGCUGCAGCGUUCACCCUCUCUCAGCUUCUCCAGGCCAGAGACGCACCUGAGAAGAUAAUCCCGAUAGUCCUGAAGUCUACCUUGCCUUCACACCUGUUAUCCGUCCUUACCCCCGACCCACAGUUCGGCCUGGCUCCUGCCAUAGAGUGUGCAUGGUGUCUCCAUUACCUCAUAUGCAGCACAGAUGAUAACAAAGAGCUGCUGGCUCAGGGUGCCCUGUCACAGUGCAGCUCCUUGUUAGUGUCACUAGGUGGUGCUGUCACCGAGGGAAACAAAGAAGAUGGGAUUGAGCUGCUCAUCUGGCCUCUGUUGAGGUGUGUGGGAAACAUCUUGUCCUCCUGCCCGGAGGAAGACCUGAAUGCUCAACUGACUGAUGCUCAUCUGCCAGCUUCUCUGUGUGGACUUGUUCAAGCCUACCUGCACACCCUGCCAGCCUUGGCCAGAGAGACCGUCUGGGUCCUUAACAACCUCACAGCUCACUCCACCGAAUUCUGCUCCGCCCUCUUGACUCUAAACUUGGUCCCAGGAUUGAUCCAACUUCUCCCAUUUUCUCAAGGCAUUAAUACUAUGAUUCUCAGGAUUCUGGCUAAUAUUGCCCACAAGAAAAAGGUGUUCUGUGUGCAGCUCAUGCAGCUUGGUUUACUGUCUGCACUCUGUGCCACGCUUAAAAUGGCUGAUCAGGAAAUGGUGAUUCAGAGCCUGGACAUCCUGUUCAUGAUGACUGUCAGCAGUCCAGUGGUGGCAGAGGAGUUUGUCAGGCAAGAUGGGCUUUCACUGUUGGAGGUCCUUCAGUACAAUGGUGCAGCAGAGAUGAGACAAAGGUCGACGUACCUCCUGGAGAAGCACUUGUUGUCCUACCAACAGCAUAUAACAGUGGACAAUAUGCCGGAUCCUUGAAUCAACAACAAGACUUGUUGUGUUAGGAGGGCCCAGCUGAGGAUAACAACAUGUUUACAUUUUGAUAUGAUAGAUAUCAAACUUGUUUGUGCAUUUGAAGUAAUUAGUGAUAAAACUGCUGUCUUGUAUGUUUUUACUCAUGGAAUUUUAAUCUAUGCAAAUAUUAAAUAUUUUUAUAAUACUUGUACUGGUGAAGUACUUUUGCAUAAAACUGUAUUUAUAUUCAGAUAUGGCUUGACAUAUUUCGAGAUGUUAAGAUACUGAAGGUGGAACAUAUAACAUUAGAAACAUAAUGUGUCUUUAUCAACAAGACCUUGUCAUCAUGCCUGUGUAACGAUUAAAUAAUUAUGACAUAAUAAAACUCUUCCUUACAACAAA